UGUUACCAUUUUGAAUCAUGUAAUCUGUAGUAUACAAUGUAUGUCUUGGCUGGCGUGUCGUGUUUGUACGCCCCAGAGCUGUGUACUUGUAUUACCUGGUACAGUCUGCCUAAACACCACAAACGACCGCAAACAACCACAAACGACUCUAAUAUGCAGUGCAUCCGGGACAACGACCAUUUGUGACUCUCUGGAGACAUUGUUUAUACAUUUAUUGGUACUCUCGCCCGCCCUAGGUACUCUUGCCCCAGAAGUCGAUACUCUCACUCCAGAGGUCGGUACUCCCGCCCCAGAGCUCGGUACUCUCGCACCAGAGCCUCUCUACUGUGAUGACGACACUACGGUUGCAGGUACACGCACGCAGUGCCGGGCAUGUCUUUACAAGCGCACGCUGCCUGAGGGGUACUUCCCACAGCACAUGACGGAGCACUUAUGUCAGCACCAGACUUGCCUGAUGAAUGAAGGGAAAUGCAAGCAGCACUAUAAGGUCGUUCUGGUUCGCAACAUGAAUGUUGCACCGGACGCCGAGGGCAGAGAUGUCGAAGUGAAGGUUGGCGUAAGCUGCAGCUGCAUUGUCAAGGAAGACUCCAUCAUCAAGCUGUUCGAUCGUUAGACGCAGCGAUGUUACCAGUUCCACAGCCAGUGGGGUCUAAGUUGUUAACGUUUCCAAUGGGCUUAUAUAUGAGUAUACAGUACGACGCAAAAGAAUACUGCCUUUCAUAACUGUGUGAAUGUACAUGUAAUGCAAAACACACACAGUGUCACACAAAUACUCACACACACACGCACACAGACACACACACACACACACACACACACACACACAC